UAUUUCUUGUUCAAGUUCUGAUGUAUGACUCUUGCAGGGAGAAAGUAAACAAUUUGAUCUUCCAGAGAGGACGAAAAGUGAUAUCUGCACAAUAAUGUAUACUAGCGGAACCACUGGUGAUCCCAUGGGAGUGAUGAUUUCAAAUUGUAGUAUUGUUACUCUUAUAGCAGGGGUGAAACACCUGGUAGAGUGUGUAAAUGAGGAGUUGACUGAGAAGGAUGUAUAUCUUUCUUAUCUUCCUCUUGCACAUAUAUUUGACCGGGUGAUUGAGGAGUUUUUCAUUUCUCGAGGUGCCUUAAUGGGAUUCUGCCGCGGGGAUGUGAAACUAUUGGUUGAUGAUAUUGAGCUAAAGUCAAGUAUCUUCUGUGCGGUUCCUCGUGUGUUAGACAGAGUCCAUUCAGGUUUACUACAGAAGGUUUCUGGGGGAAGCUAAUUGUCUAAGACGCUGUUUGAUGUGGCAUACUCAGUUAUAUUCAUUUUUUAAGUUUGCUUAUGUGAAGCAGAUCAUUGUAUCUGCCGAAUUCCAGUAACAAAUAAAGGC